GAAGAAGAGAUCAGUUGAACGACAGACAGACAAUAUGGCGGAGAGCGACUGGGACACGGUGACCGUUCUGAGGAAGAAAGGACCGUCUGCAGCUCAGUCCAAAUCUAAACAGGCGAUUACUGCUGCUCAGAGACGAGGAGAGGAAGUGGAGACCACCAAGAAAUGGUCGGCGGGUCAGAAUAAGCAGUUUCUAGUGACGAAGAACACAGCGAAACUGGACAGCGAGACAGAGGAGCUUCAUCAUCACAGAGUUUCACUGGAAGUGGGUAAAGUGAUCCAGCAGGGCCGACAGGAGAAGGGUCUGACGCAGAAAGAUCUGGCCACUAAAAUCAAUGAGAAACCUCAGGUCAUCGGCGACUAUGAAAGUGGGAAAGCUAUCCCAAAUAAUCAAGUCAUGAGCAAGAUUGAGAGAGCCAUUGGUUUGAAGCUUCGUGGAAAAGAAAUUGGACAACCGAUGGAGCCCAAAACCAAGAAAUGAAGACAAAGCCUCGAAAUCAGCCCUCUGACCUUCCACUCACUCUGGGCUGAUGUCAAUGGGGUCUGUGUCCUCAUAAUAAUGAAUGACAAUGUGAACGAACCCAAAGUGCUUUGAUACAUUUUGGUGAUUCUUUGUGUUGGCAUGAAGUCUUUCUCUUGUGGAGAUGACAUGGUUUAAGCAGAGAACAUUUCAUAAUUAUAAGCAUUGAAAAUCUUGUUGUUUUGCUCAAUUGUGGCCUUUUCACACAUUGGACAUGUCUUCAAGCUUCGGUUUUUGUUAAAGGCAUGAAUAAAGUUUGAAACGUU